CAUUUUUCAAACAAAGAAAGAAAAAACAUAAGACUCUCGUUUCAGCCAGUUAGCUUUUCAUGUUUAUAUUACGUAUAUGUAGAUGUUAUUUGUAAACUGACUGUUUUGUUGUUGUUGUUGUUUAUGGUGUUUAUUCCCAUGCAGUUGGUUGAUAGUAAAGAUUAGUGGAAGAGUUUGUACAGAUCUCAGGUGUGAGCAGAGUCAAGACCUAAACUUUGUUUUUCAAAACCUCGUCAUGUGAUCACACGUUCCUCAUAAUUUAUUAAACAGUGACAGUAAAUUUACCUAAAUAAUGAAUCAGUUUAAAAAUGUAUAUUUAAGAAAAAUCAGACCGGGUGUUAUUUUGGUGUGACAGUUAGAAAUAUCAGCUGUUUCUGAGCUGAAUGUUUCCCAUGUUGACGUCUAUAUUACUUUAAAGUGGCCAUACACUGUUUUUCUUGAACUUGUCAUUAUGAAGUAAAUGUUAAUGACACAGUGUGACGGCUGUAGAAUAAUGACAUCAGUGUUUAGGUUGGUUCCCCAUCAGCCUCACUUUCACUAAACAUUUCUUUCUGACACAAAAUUUCACAGUAAAAUGAAGGUUUGAUGUACGGCUCAAAGGAAGUGUGUCUGUUACUGCGCAACCAAAACAGGAAGAGGGUCGUGUUUUUGUUUUCCCUGGUAGAUAUCAGUUGCUUCCCCCAGGUGGUAGAGAUGGAGGAACAACUGGAGUAACAGUGGAAACGAGCCUCGUCAGAGGAGACAAAGACAUUGAAACUGAGGCUGGUCCCCGUCAGGUGUGGGUGGUGACGCUGCUGGAUUACCAGAGGAGGCUCUCAGGGACACGCCCCCUACCUCUCAGCCCCUCCUCUCUCAGGACAGGUAGCUGUCUUCAGCAGCUGAGGGGGGAGCGGAGGAAGGAGUCAGGGAGGAGGAGGAGGAGGAGGAGGAAGAAGGUGGACCUCAGCAAUACUUCAGGUGUUGAACAGAGUGAGGUGAGGAGGAUUAGCUCCGCCCCUCACCAUGACAGACUUAGAGACCGAGUGUUUGAGCCUCGGCCUGCCCCCUGAGUGCGGCUCCCCUCCCCCGCCCCUGGACCCUUCCCUGCAGGUGGACUGCGGCCCGGGGCCCGCUGCCUCGGCGCCAGCGCCCACUCUGGCUCUCCUCUCCUCUGACUGCCCGACGCCCACACUCAGCUCGCUGGCGGCAGAGAUCGCUGAGCCGCUGGUGAUGCUGCCGUGCGUGAAGAGCGAGCCGGAGGAUGGAGACCUGGAGCCCAUCAGGACCGUGGACCUGUCCGAGAUCCAGCCGCUGUCCACCGCCGAGCUAGGCCAGGACCAGAUCAAGAUGGAGAUCAGCGGUCUCGACUACAUCAAGUCAGAGCAUCAUGGUCACCAUGGCAACCACCACCUGGGCCCGUUCCACCACAGCGACGUCACAGAGCUGGAUUACAAGUCGCACUACGAGCCCAGCUCCGUGUUCGACUACAUCUCUCAGGUGACAGACACUCUGGAGUACAUCAAGUCGGACCACCACGUGGACCUGCAGUGUUACUACACCGCCGAGCUCAGCUCGCUGAAGGCCGAGUACCCCGAGUCCAACGCCAUGUCCGCCCACCUGCAGCACAACGGCCUGGAGUCCAUCCACAUGGCCGAGCUCCGCACCGAGCUCAACAAGCUCCGCCCCGACGCCCUGCUGAUGGACGGCAUGGGCAAACUGGACCCUGAGUUUGGAGGGGGGGCGCUGUACGAGUUGCAGCCCGCCGCGGAGGGGAAGACGUCGGCGGAGGCUACGGCGACCGGGCAGGCGGGAGGAGGAGGGAGUCUGGUUAUCAUGACCAAAACCCAGAGCCCGACGGUAAGGAAACCCCGUAACAUGCAGGGGGAGAAGCCUUUCUCCUGCACGCAGUGCGGGAAGAACUUCAGCACACUGGGAAACCUGAAAACACACCAACGCAUCCACACGGGCGAGCGGCCGUACACCUGCUCGCAGUGCGGCAAGAGCUUCGGCCAGGCAGGAAACCUCAAACGACACCAGCUGAUCCACACGGGCCAGAAGCCGUACGUGUGCGCUCACUGCCCCAAAGGCUUCACCAAGGCCGACGACCUGCGGUCGCACCAGCGACUGCACACCGGCGAGCGUCCCUUCAUCUGCGUCACCUGCGGGAAGAGCUUCGGCCAGUCGAAGGAGCUGAAGGCGCACCAGCUGAGCCACACGGGCGAGCGGCCGUUCUGCUGCCAGCACUGCGGCAAGAGCUUCACCAAGGAAACCAGCUACCGCAACCACGUGCAGAUCCACACGGGCGAGAAGCCCUUCACCUGCUCGCAGUGCGGGAAGACUUUCAGCAACUCUGGCGUUCUAAAAACCCACGAGAAGAUCCACACGGGCGAGCGGCCGUUCGGCUGCACGCAGUGCGGGAAGAGCUUCGGCCGCCUCGGGCACCUGAAGGCUCACCAGCAGAUCCACACCGGGGAGCGGCCGUACGCCUGCCCCCAGUGCGGGAAGACUUUCAGCCAGUCGGGUCACCUCAAAGCACACGAGCAAAUCCACAAGCGAGAGCGAGCGGACACGGCCAGCACCAGCAGCAGCAGCAGCAGCACCAUGGGCAGUGACAGUAGCUAAAGAAAGAACACACCCUUUAACCUCGGACAAACAAAGUAUUAUUCCUUUUUUAUAAAUAUCUAUAAAUCUUUUUCCUUAUGAAUUUUUUCUUACAUUUUCAUACCUUUUGUGCUCUUUUUGCAUUAUAUCUGUGGGCAGGGUGGACUCUGACUGAUUUGCUCUUAUGCAAGUGUCUGUGUGUGUGCACAUGUUACGUACUGUGUGUCUGGGUGGGUGUGACACUGAGGGGCUUGUAGAUAAUCUGUAAACUGGUCUGAACCGCAGUGAGUCUCAAGGACCAGGAAACUCACUGAAACACAAGCACAAAAACUUCAGUGACCAAGUUUGAGAACUUUGUUUUUUUUUACUGAAACUGAGCAGGACUCCGCCCACUGAUGACACCUGUUCCUCAGGUGACGUCCACACUAGAGAGACUUGAUCGGCUGCUGAUUAUCAUUAACAAUACCUGAUGGGUGGAUGUGAAUUAAUGCUCCUAGUCAUUGAUCACCUCCAAACCGAUCAGCUGUUAAUCCUCCGAGAGAAGCUCCGUGAGCUGCGUAGUGAAGCCCCGCCAAAAUAAAACGUGUGUGAGAGACUGAUGGAACGUCUGCAAUGAUGACAAACACGAUCGGUAUCAGCCGAUCACACUCAUAAAUGAUCGUAUCGGUGGCAAAACAGAUGAUGGCGGCGUCACUAGUCCACACUACUCAUCUCUUCUGCGUUUCCUCCUCCGUCCACACGACUCAGUCCUCAGGCCUUAAAACAGAGAGUUUUGGAAACUCUGUUAGCCCCGUUUUAUUUUGAAAACUCUGGGGUUGUGUUGUAGUCUGAACAGAAACUGAGACCUUUGUAAACGAUGAGGUCACAUCCACGGUCUCUCCUGAUUGGCUGUCAUCAGCCUGGACUACCAGUGGUGAAUACAACAUGAGAAUGAAUGACAGUGUCACUGACCUUGUUGUCUUUGCAGCUGUUGUUCACUUACAUUCUGUUUUAAUGCUACAACUGCAGAGGAGACAAUCUACUUCCUGUUUACACCGGAUCUCACAUGCUCAGUGCAGGUGACGGUCGUGUGUGUUAGUCGAGACGGAGUUCAUUUUCGUACAUAGCGUCAUUGUGUGGACGUAGCCUCAAGCAAGUCCAGGUUCAUGUCGUUAGCAACGUCGGCUGACAACUAACGCAGCGUCUUGAACUGUGUGUGAGAGCAUUAACAAAUAAACAAUAAAUAAACAACAAAUAAACAACAAAUAAACAAUAAUAAACAUCAGCAGGAAAGAAAAGUUUCAUACUGAGUCGUUCAGUGAGAAAAUGAAGGUUAAUGUCGCUGCGUUUUUGAUUCACGUUUCGUGGCUCAAACUUUGAUCCAGUCGGUUGCUGCGCAUCAGUAACAGUCGAUCUGAUUGGUCGAUCACUAGGAAGUCAAGCUGACGGUAAACUGAGGUGUCAGGAGACUGUGACGAGACACAAUCAAUUCUCACUAUUUUAUAAACCAAACGAUUAAUCGGUUAAUGAGCAGAUUAAUCAAUAAUGAAAAUAAUUAUUAGUUGCUCUAAUUCGUGUGUGUGUGUGUGUGUGUGUGUGUGUGUGUGUGUGUGUGUGUGUGUGUGUGUGUGUGUGUGUGUGUGUGUGUGUGUGUGUUUGAUUGUUCUGACUGAGUUGAACUUUUCACUUUAUUCAUUGUUAAAUGUUUGAUUUGAUUUUUAAAAAAUCAAAUUUUUCAUAAAACAUAAUGAAACAAAAGUGUCGCACAAAAACAGUGAAAACUUCAGUUUUCACUUUCAGGAAAUCAGGAAAGUAGCGACAGGUGAACAGGUGUGUGGUGGGCGGAGUCCUGGUUCAGGUUCCUCAGCAGUGAAAGUUCAUGUCAGUCUUUUGCCAACAGAGUUGUGAGUAUUUCUUUUUGAGUACUUGCUGCCAGUUUACUAGUGUUGUACUUCCAGGUGUGGGAACUCACUCUGUUACUGUACUGUUAAAAACCUGAUAUCAGCAUUUUGAUAUUUGUUAUUGACCAGUGUUGAUUGAUUGAUUGAUUGAUCAGGACAGACCACAGUGAUCUUUUUGUCGUUUUGAUAAUUGGCUGAUUUAGUUUUUGUAGCAGAAAAAUUAAAAUCAUUCCAACAUGAACAGGACCAAACACAUCAGCACAAAGGAUGACCCCCCCCCCCCCCCCCCCUUGUCCAGAUCGCUCACUGUGUACAAAUCUUCUAUUGAUAAUGUCAUUCCUAAAAUAAUUAAUAAAAUUAUUUAAAAAAACAGCAGCAAAAAAGACGGAGGUGAUGCAGCAUCUUGUACUGGAAAAGAAUUAUUAAAGAAACUAAUGGCA